GAAAAUAUUUAUCCAAAAACCAGAUGUGUUUGUUGUUGCUCCUCCUUAUGAUGUAACUUCCGCUCAACAAGAGAAAGAGUGUCCUUCCUGCCUUGGUUCGCUUUGCACCGACAGACUGGAACUCAACAAGAGAAAGAGUGUCCUUCCCGCCUUGGUUCGCUUUGCACCGACAGACUGGAACUCAACAAGAGAAAGAGUGUCCUUCCCGCCUUGGUUCGCUUUGCACCGACAGACUGGAACUCAACAAGAGAAAGAGUGUCCUUCCUGCCUUGGUUCGCUUUGCACCGACAGACUGGAACUCAACAAGAGAAAGAGUGUCCUUCCCGCCUUGGUUCGCUUUGCACCGACAGACUGGAACUCAACACGCAGCACACAGUAGUUUGUAAUAAGAGGCCACCAUGUCUAUUUGUUAUCUGUUUGGUUUAUUAUUGACAAUCCUGUUAAUUCAAGGCUGUUGGGGUGGAGAAGAAACCAAGAAUGUUGGUUGUGCAAGCCUCCGAACUGGAAAUGUGUACAAAUACUGUGUAAAGGAGAAGGAGAAACCUAAACGUGUGGAGUGGCAAUCAGUGUUUUCCAAUGAGACGUCUACGUGGCUUGCUGAACUUUGUCAACACAAAAACACUACACAGGCACCCAAUGUGAUUGAUGUCAGCUACUCCUGCAUCACCCUCCCGGACUGUGUCAAUGUAGACCACACUGCCAUAAGUGAUCGGUUUGAGCAUUUGACCCAUUUCAAUGUGUCUGGUGCAGCAGAUGAGUCAAAGAAGCCUUUGGAGAAAGAGCCUGACAGUCAGAAUACAACUGCAGAUGGAGACCAUCCUGAUACAAACCGUGGUGACACUAGUUUGUCCUGGAAAAUCAUUGUUGGUGUUCUCGUGCUGGUCAUUGCUGGUCUGCUCAUAGUGGUUUGUGUGUUCAAACAUUGGAGAGACAAACAGUGCAACCAAGGCCACAGAGACGUGGAAGAGGUUCAGGGCAUUCCAGAACCAAACUCCAUUCCUCUGAUGCAGAAUGAGCAACGUGAUACCAGUGACCAAAGAGGUGAGCCAGGAGAGGAGAGCAGGCAGCCCAUGGACAAUGAAGAGACAGGUGCUGACAACCCUCUUCUGAAUGGAGAUACCAGUGGCCAAGGAGAGGAAGGUGUUCUAGGAAUGGAGGAUGGAAAGCUGUCAGACAAUGACAGAGCAGACACUGAAAUCUGUCAGAAGACACAUGCUGAUUCCCAUCCACUGAAUGUACCCAAGGUUGUCAGGGUUAACAGCCAGACUGAUGACCCACAGCUUCUGGGUCAACCUCAGAGCAAUGGACACGUGCCAUAUAGAAGGGAAUCACACCUGACCAAUGGGGCUCCAGGUCAGGGUUCUGGUGAGACUUCACCCCUCCUCUGCAGAAGCCCAGGAGAGGAAGGCGUGCUAGAAGGGCAGGACAGGAAGUCAGCAGACAGUGGAGGAACAGACCCUGAAUCCUGUCAGAAGACACAUGCUGAACCCCCUCUAGUGAAUGGACACCAUGAUGUCAGGGUUAACGAUGAGACUAAGGAAGCGACUCCUGGUGCACAGAGUCCAGGACCUCCUCAGAUGAAUGGAGGACCUCCCAUGUCUAACAGAGCUGCAGAGGAAACCACUGUCUAUUGGACAAACAGGCCUUGGACAAGGACCAAGUCACCAAACCUCCUGAGUUAAUAAACCAAGGACCUAAUGACAUGGAGUCAAGAGGAGAACUGUAACGAACGGUGGACGUUUGUAUAACAAAAGAAAACCUCAGAAGAUAAGAUACAGUAAUAUAUGAUAUACAGUACUUAUUAUAAGAUAAAGUAAUAUAUGAUAUACAGUACUUAUGAUAAGAUACAGUAAUAUAUGAUAUACAGUACUCAACAAUUUAUUAAGUUCAUUCUCUAUGUGACAGCUAUAAUCUAGAUAGGUUAGGAAACGUGUUUAAGUGAAAUCAGUUGAUAUUUCAAAACAGCCCAUUACUUGUAGAUAACUAAAAUGACAAAAUUAUUAUAAUCUGAAAAUGAGUGUGACUUAUGUCUGAUUAUGAUACAGCAUGUCACAUAUUUAGCUAUACAACAUUAUAAUGAUAUGAAAGGAUGGUAAGAUCAUACUUACACUCGUAUUGUAUACUAUACAUACAAGCAAAUAUAAAUGACAUACUCAUGAGAAGAUGCAUAAAACAUAAACCUCUUUAGUAGAGACAUUUCCAAGAUCAGGAGGUCUCAAUGUCUUGUGGACAUGUCAAAUAGCUAAACAUUGACCGGGCGUUAUUAUUUACACUACGUAUACACAAAUGUAUGUGGACACCCAUUCAAAUUAGUGGAUAUGUCUAUUUCAGCGACACCCGUUGCUGACAGGUGUAUAAAAUUGAUUACACAGCCAUGCAAUCUCCAUCGACAAACAUUGGCAGUAGAAUGACCUUAUUGAAGAGCUCAGUGACUUUCAAUGUGGCACCGUCAUAGGAUGCUACAUUUCCAACCAGUCAGUUCAUCAAAUCUCUGCCCUGCUAGAGCUGCCCUGGCCACCUGUAAGGGCUGUUAUUGUGGAGCAUCAUUGGCUCAGCCAUGAAGGAGUAGGCCACACAACCACAACAGAACGUGACCGUCGUGUGGUGAAGCGUGUCAGUCGCAAUCGUCCGUCCUCGGUUGCAACACACACUACAGAGUUCCAAACUGCCUCUGCAAGCAUCUUCAGCACAACUGUUCAUCAUGAGCUUCAUGAAAUGGAUUUCCAUGGUCGAGCAGCUGCACACAAGCCUAAGAUCACCAAGUGCGAUGCCAAGUGUUGCCUGGAGUGGUAUCAAGCUUGUCGCUAUUGGGCUCUGGAGCAGUGGAAACGCAUUCUUGCUUCACUAUCUGUUAGUCCAUCAGACGAAUCUGGGUUUGGAGGAUGCCAGGAGAACGCUACCUGCCCCAUUGCAUAGUGCCAACUGUAAAGUUGGGUAGAGGAGGAAUAAUGGUCUAGGGCUGUUUUUCAUGGUUCGG